AGCCACUUAUCAACAAAAAGAAAGAAUGUAGAGAGGAGAGGUGAGCGAUGUUGUUGAUCAGAAGAGAAGAGAAUUGAAUCCAUUCCAGAUGUCAUAUUGUUGGCACAUACACACUUUGGCGAGCAAGGCUCUUGUUCCAAUUCCACAGUCACAUGGCAGUAUCUGUGUGGGUCUGAGUCAGAGUCAGAGGGUUCCUUGUUCUCCGUGGUGGAGACAUCCUCACAAUACCACCAGUAUCAACAACUAUCCCAGUGUCAGAUGUGAUGAUGAAGGAAUUUCUAAAAUACGAGUGCCAGACAGAAACACAUCCCUGUUUCCUAGACGCCAUCAUCCUCUAUAUACAAGAUGAUAUUGAUGCCAGUUCACUCCAACAACUAGUGUCCAAUUCCAAUGGCAAGGAGGAAGGAAACCUCUAUGACUAUCAGCCUGCUUUGGACCUCACCGCUCUUUUACGAUCUCUCGACAUACCUACCACUUCCAGAGUUACCAUUGCUACCCGUUUCCAACGAGCUUUCAUGCAGCUUCUUUCAAAUGCACAAUUUGAAGAACUAUCAGCUAGGGACCUGAUGUUAACGUCUGCAUUGAACACAGACUAUCUCCUUACCUUGCCAACGUAUGUUGAUUGGAAGAGAGCGUAUGAGUCUAAUGCCAUAAUAUUUAGGCGUGGUUACGCAACUGAGAAGCAGAAGGGUCUAUUAUUAAUUGUGGAAAAACUGGAUUACUUACAGUCUAAGCUUCUACGAAGGACCUUCUUUUCUAUAUCAAAACCACUAACAAAACUUGGCACCUGGAUGAGCGAGGUUAUAUUUUUGUGGUAGUUCCAUCGGUUACCUUUUCUAUUUGUGUAUAGAGAUAGAGUCAUGCCAUUUUUUGGGCACGGGAAAGAGAAGAUUCUUUACACAUAUUUUCUUGCAUAAGUAGAUAUUUCAGAAGAUGCAUCAAAUAUGGCUUAAAUACUUCCACGGUCACCAAUCUUCUAUUGAUAUUUAAAUGAUUCGCAAACAAGAGCUUGUGCAAAGGAAAUUCAGAGUCAUAAGGUAAAAGGUAUAAUAAUUUUGAAGAGUAAGGAAAAUAUAACAUGGAUAUGGAGUUAUAUCAGGAGGAUCAGCUGCAGACGUUGUCUUUAUAUUCAUCCACUCAAUGCAAUUCAUUUGGUGCAUGAUCUUUGCUCUCCUUAUAUGGAGAAUAUGAUUCAGGGGAACUUAAACUAGAUCAGAACCUUAUUUUAAUAUACUGGCAUGUAAGAUAUGUAUGAAUCUUAUUGAGAUUA